CGAGAAGCCAUCUAAUUCCACUCUUGGUUUUCUCGGGUGUUUGCCGCAUUUGUGAGAUUUUUCAGCAGGUGUCGUCUGCCGGAAGCAACAGUGAAAUUAAAUCGGAUUGUGAACAUUCUAGGUAGAGCAAAGUGAUCUUCGAUACACGUCCUCCUACAUAAGACGUCGUUGAUGGCUUCCGGAUUCAUUCAUAUGCAUCAGUAAUCUCAACAUCAUCCCCAGUCUUCUGUUCUGCUCUUCUACUCCCAUAGCCAUAAUUUCACCAAGGCACACGCAAUCCUGUUCACCAAUCUGACCCAGGAGAACUGCGCCACAUCGACAGCUUCGACACGGCCCACGUCCACUGAGACGGACCCGGAGGAUGUCAGUUGAGGUCCAAAACGGAGGGGGAGGUGUCUCUGGUGAGAAGAGCUCUCUGGACUUCUCAAACCCAACAGAUCAAAACGCCAGUAGCAAUGGCAUCCCUCAAGCGCCGGCCAGUGAUGAAGGGGACAACCACAAGACGGUCGAGCCACAAUAUGUGGAGGGCUUCAAGCUCUUCCUGAUAGGCAUCAUAUCCACUGCAAUUCCACAGAUCACCGACGAGUUCCAUUCCCUGAGCGACGUGGGUUGGUACGGCUCUGCGACCUUCCUCAUCGUCGCCGCGACCUCGGCAACGUGGGGUAAGCUGUACAAGUACUGCAACGCAAAGUGGGUGUUCUUGAGCUCCAUGGCAUUCUUCAUGAUUGGUAGCAUCCCCGCCGCCGCCGCCCCCAACAGUCAGUCCAUCAUCGUGGGCAGGGCCAUCCAGGGCCUCGGCAUCGCCGGCUCCAUGAGCGGCUCCAUCAUCGUCAUCAACUUUGUCUCUCACCCCAGCAAGCACCCUCUGCUCAUAGGAAUCUGGACUGGUGUCUUUAUGAUCUCGACGAUCCUCGGACCCAUCAUCGGCGGGGCAUUCACUAGCGGCGUUACGUGGCGAUGGUGCUUCUGGAUUAACUUGCCGCUCGGCGUUCCUGUCAUCGUCCUGCUGCUCCUGUUCCUACACAUACCAGACCACAUUAAGCCAGCCCCAGCAACGUGGAAAGAGAUCAUAAUGCAGCUGGAUAUCCCCGGACUGGCCACCUUGCUCGCGUCGCUUGUGUGCCUCACAUUGGCCAUGCAGUGGGGCGGCCAGACUAGACCGUGGAGUGACGGCUCAGUCAUCGCAACGCUGGUCAUGUUCCCCGUCCUAUUCCUGGGCUUCAUUCUGGUAGAAUAUUUCCAGAAGUCACGGGCAAUGAUUCCUUUGAGGUUGCUCAAACCACGCAUCGCGUGGGCGAAUGCUUUGUACAAUUUUGUGUCCAACUCGGCCUUCUACCAGGUCAUGUUCUAUCUCCCUGUCUAUUUCCAGUCUAUCAAGGGCCAAUCUGCCAUCAUGAGCGGCGUCUAUACGCUGCCGUUUCUCGCGUUCUUUGCUCUUGGUGCGGUGUCUAGUGGUGCCACGAUUGGCAAGACGAGAUACCUGGUACCCAACCAACUGGUCAGCACGCUCUUGAUGACUGCUGGAAUGGCCCUAUUAUAUGAGUUUGACGUCGAUACCCCGAAAUCUUGGUACGUCGGUGCCCAGGUGCUCUUCGGCUUCGGCGUCGGCUUCGGCAACCAGGUUCCCGUCACCGCAGUGCAGGGCUUGUCGAAGCCCGAGGACGUGCCCAGCUCCACUGCGCUCAUGUUCAGUAAGUGUUCAUUUUGUGGCCGAUACUCUUGGGUCCGCAAAGACUGACCACAUGACCAAAC